UUUGGUGUGGGCUCCAAACAAUCGAGUGCGCAUAUUUUUCUGCUUCUCCCUCCCCCCCUUUCUUUCUCCCUGGUUUCGAUCUAUGGGCUCUCAGGAGGAGGAACAGAGAACCCUGUUGGAAGAUGGGCUCUUAUCAGAGAUUGGAAAAGGACCAUACACUGGAGAUGGAUCGGUUGAUAUUCAGGGAAAUCCUGUCUUAAAAGAUCGCACAGGCAACUGGAGGGCAUGCCCUUUCAUUCUAGGGACUGAAUGCUGCGAACGUUUAGCCUUCUAUGGAAUAGCAAUUAAUCUUGUCUCAUAUCUCACCAAGAACCUACAUGAGGGAAAUGCUUCUGCUGCGAGAAAUGUUACAACUUGGCUAGGGACCUGCUAUCUGACCCCCCUGAUCGGAGCUAUAAUGGCUGAUGCGUAUUGGGGAAGGUACCGGACGAUUGCAGUAUUCUCUGCAAUAUAUUUUCUUGGAAUGGGUACACUGACCCUUUCAGCUUCAGUUCCUGGUUUUAAGCCUCCAUCCUGUGUAGGAUCUUUUUGCCCAGAAGCAAGUGCAGUUCAAUAUGCUGUUUUCUUCCUUGGUCUCUAUCUGAUUGCAUUAGGGACUGGUGGAAUCAAACCUUGUGUUUCUUCCUUUGGAGCUGACCAAUUUGAUGAUACUGAUUCAAAAGAGAGAGUGAAGAAGGCUUCAUUCUUUAAUUGGUUUUAUUUCUCUAUCAACAUUGGUGCUCUUGUAUCCAGCACUUUUCUUGUCUGGGUGCAAGAUAACUGUGGGUGGGGUUUGGGCUUUGGGAUUCCAACUUUGUUCAUGGGCUUAGCCAUUAUAAGUUUUUUCACAGGCACCUCACUUUAUAGAUUUCAGAGACCAGGAGGAAGCCCUAUUACAAGAGUCUGCCAGGUAGUUGUGGCUUCUCUUCGCAAGUGGAAGGUGGAGGUUCCUCAUGACAGUUCUCUCCUAUAUGAGCUAACUGACAACGCCUCAGCGAUCGAGGGGAGUCGAAAACUGGAGCACACUGAUGAGCUUAGAUUUCUCGACAAGGCUGCUACUGUUUCAGAGCUUGAUGAGAAGACUGAAAGCUUCUCCAAUCCAUGGAGGCUCAGCACAGUCACUCAGGUGGAAGAACUGAAGAUAUUGGCGCGCAUGUUCCCCAUCUGGGCCACCACCAUUGUAUUCUCAGCUGUUUAUGCACAGGCUGCCAUGUUUGUUGAACAAGGGAUGGUUCUUGACACAACCAUUGGUUCGUUCACCAUUCCUCCUGCAUCUCUGGCUAGCUCUGAUGUGAUCAGUGUUUUCAUAUGGGUUCCGAUCUACGACAGGAUUUUUGUGCCAAUAGCAAGGAGGUUCACUGGCAAGGAGAGAGGCUUUUCAGAACUCCAGAGGAUGGGUAUCGGCCUGUUCAUAUCUGUAUUAGUUAUGGUGGCAGCAGCACUGUUGGAGAUGAAGCGUCUGGAUAUUGCGAAGGCCGAGCAUUUGGAGCACCAAAAGGUGGCAGUUCCAUUGAGUAUAUUGUGGCAGAUACCUCCAUAUUUCUUGUUGGGAGCAGCAGAAGUAUUCACAUUCAUUGGGCAGCUUGAGUUUUUCUAUGAUCAGUCUCCUGAUGCCAUGAGAAGUCUCUGCAGCGCAUUCUCUCUUGUCACAACUGCACUGGGGAGCUACCUAAGUUCUUUCAUUCUGACCAUUGUUACCUCUAUAACAACCCGAGGAGGAAAAACCGGAUGGAUUCCUGAUAACUUGAACGAAGGGCAUCUCGAUUACUUCUUCUGGCUUGUAGCUGGGCUCAGUUUUUUGAACCUUCUCGUUUAUAUUAACUGUGCCAUUAGGUAUAAAAUCAAGAGGGCUUCUUGAAUUCCAACUUUGUUUUGUUGGCUUUAAGAAAGUUCAGACAUGCUCAAAUGUUUACAGAUGUUGUGUCAUUCUCAAUAUAUAUAUAUAUAUAUAUAUAGUGUUUCUAUAACAAUGUCAAAUUAUUUCUUCCUA